UUUUUCUCCAAAAAAAAUCAUAAUUUUAAAAAUUUUGAAAAAAUUCCAACGGUCAAACGGUUUCAUUCAUGUGAAUGAAAAUUGUACAAAAUGGAAUUUCCAAAGAGAGAAAGAAAAUAAAAAGGAAAAAGGGGGUGUUUUCACAGACAACCAGAGUGGGUGCAUGAAUUAUCGUGGAUGAUUAAUAAGUAAUGCACCACCACCCCCCGAAAAAAAAUUAAGGGAUUUAGUGGGAGGGCGCAUGUUACGGAAAACUUCAAUGAAUAUCCUGGCGAGAGAGUUGAGAGCUUAGAAAGCGGGGAGGGGGAGCAAUUUAUGAGUAAUUGGGGAAAUUUGGAGGACAAUCCGGUACAUGCGCAACAGAAUAUUUUGAUCGGGACGCUCCCAUGUAGAGGAAAAUUCUGCUGAGCAGUCAGUAUCCUGUGUAUAGCGCGAUUCAUAAAAAUUGCCAUGCCUUAAUUUUCCGUGUAUAAUUUUGUGGGUGAAGAAAAAGUCAUUGGACAUUAUUCAUUAUUGAAGAGAACUUUUUGGGCAGCAUUUUCCACAUUAUUUAGCCCCGUGUACAGCGCAAGGAGAGCUCCUCCCUGGGUUCGCAGGCACUCACUUUGGGAGGCAACAUAGGCUAAAAUAUUUAUCAGAUUACAGCUGCUUUCAUGAUUUUGAUUUCGGUGGCUUCGAUUAUGUAAUAAUGGUACAAAAAGUGCUCGCACGAUAAUACACUCCUCCGCGCUCUUCAACAGGACCCCCACAAAUCGUUAUUAUUUUUUUUAUUGUGCACUAAAAUUAUUUUCCUCUUUCAUUGCAAAAGCAUAAAUUAAUUUUGGAGUGUCUCCGUUGUAAUUAUUUCCCACCAAAAAUUGCUUUUUUCCACCACAAAAAAAAAGUGAAUUGAGAGCUAAAGUUUUUUUCUCGUGAAAAAAAGAAAAGUGAAAAUUGAAAAGUACACAGAAAAGGAAAAUCUGUGACAGUGAUUUGCCAAUAUUUAAUCGCAUUAUCGAUUUUCGCAUAAUACUUUGUACAAAAAAAAGGUGUCACGUUGGUUCUUUUUUUUUUCUUCAUGUUGUGUUGAAUUACAAAGAAAAUGUAAUAAAAAAAGAAGAAAUAAAAUGCAUAAUGUGUGUUAAAAUUUGAGAAUAACGAAUGUAAAAAAAUCGUGGAAUGGAAAAAAGAAGAAAAUAUGUGAAAUGAAGCGAAAAUGAGGGUGUAAAUUUAUGAUCAUUUUUAAUUUGCAUCGCGUGUGAGUCGUUUUGGGGUGGAAAGGAAAGAAGAAGACGAAAAAAAUUCUAUAAACCACAAAAUCAAUUAAAUAAUCUUCAUGUUCCCCCGAAAAAGAGGAGAAGCUACAUACAGCGUGGUGGUGCCCGUCUUUAAUGUCUGUGGUCAUGAACACAGAGUUUAGGAGUGAACAGCACACAUCCUAGGUGCUUCGUGGGACAGCUACAACUCUCCCGUCGUAUUCUUCUCUGUACGUGCCCUCAAAAGUGGAACGAAACUAAAAAACCAAAAAAUAAAAAAAGGAAAAGAAAAGCGAGGAAAUAAAUUAAAGAAAAACAGCUAGAGUAGUCGCAGAUGGUGAUGUAGAGACGUGUGGUGGUGGUUAGGACGCGAGCACAUCCCGAUGUGUCCUUCGCCAUUGCUCGUACUGGGGAUGCUGUGGUGGACAGGACGCCGAUACCAAGAACGCCAUCUACGUGACACGAAGGACACGAAGCAAGUUGGUAGCGUCUAGCUUAGAGCUGAACAACAAUGAGGAGCGGCAGUUCGGAAUUACUCCUCGAGCAGCAACAACAGGAAAUCCGACUGCGGAAAGCGCGAGAACUGGCGCCAGCUAAGAAGAAUGCCAAAGUACAGCGAACAUGGCGCGAGAAGGCAAACUUCUACGUUACAUCCACCCUGGCUUUCUUUUCGGUAACAGCUGGUGCAUCGCUCCUAUUCCUCGUACCACUCUACGUAGAUCCAGCUAUAUCAACGCUUGUUUUUGACUUUAUCGACAAACCCACCCUGUGCACAACAACACGCCGUGAGGAUCUCAUGGGGAUCUUCAAUUGCUCCUGGAGCUCCUGCCGUGAGGGAUGCACAUCAGACAUGUAUCGCUGCACCCACAUCUACGUCACCUACGUCGAUACGACUAAUCUCACACUACCCAUUGUUGUCGACGCGACAAAUCAAACCACAUGGAUCCAUUUAGCCAACUACACCGAACUCCAUCCGCAAUCGGAGGAGGCACAGCUUCUCGUGAACAUUAAGGGAUGCGGCUACCCACCUAGUGUAAAGUGUCGAAACUUUACGGAUCUCUACGGUGUCGAAGGUGCCAUAUUCCCGUGCUACUUUUCAAAAUUCAACCGAACAGUGGUCAUGACGAACUACAAGCGUGAGGAUCAAGUGUCCAUGAUUGUGAAUUUUUUCGUGGUGCCAUUUAUUAUAACCGUUAUAUCAUCAGUUGCGCUGUGCGUCUUGCAUUGUGAUUGUAGGUGCAAAAGGGAAAGACAUCCGCGAAGACGUGGUCUCAAUCGAAGGCCCAGGAUAGAAAAUUUAAGUGAUUCAUCAAUAUCAACUCGUGUUGAUAUGCUAACACCAGCCAUUGAAGUCUACAAACAACCCCUCUGACAUAAGGAGGACACCCUGGAGAGCAAUCUUGGUAAUGCCUCAACUAGUAGCGGCUUAUAACACCAUCUCUCCAUGCGGUGUCUCAUUCUAUCGGGAGAUAUGAGAAUAAUUAUAAAACUACCGCGAUUUCACUUUAACGUUUCCAAAAUGCUAAAUUUUUCAAAAUUGGGGAUGAGUUUUCACACUCUUGUAGUUUUUUAACAACAAAAAGAAGAAUAAAUCUAUCAUCACCUUAAGUUUACGUCAUUUAAGGACAUUUAUUUACAUAAUGCGCGAAUGCGGGUGUUUAUAUAACACACACCUGGUACUGUAUCCUUUUUGUAAUUUCCUAUCCUGACGAUCCUGACCUAAUACCUACUCUAUGAUAAUUAAAUGUAAAAUGAAAGAAUAAAUUUAUAUAGAAUGAUUAAAAAAAACUCAAAAUUGAAUUUAAAGAAAACACCUUUUCUAAUUAAAAGAAAAUCACCCGUGAAGAUGAUUCAAAAAGUAUAAAAAAAAUCAUUUUAUGGAAUAAGAAAAAUUAAAAAUCAACAUAGGUUUAUUUACUUGUAAGACAACCAAUCCAAAUUAGAAUCUAUUAUACUACUCUUUUAUAAAGACGUGUUUCACCCAUAAGUUAUGUGAUGAGCAAAAUAGGAAAAAAAGCACAUCCAUUUUUUUUCAUUUAAGUGCGCAACAUAAAUUAUUAAAAAAAAACUGUGUGGUUAAUAGAGCUUUCGUGGUUGGAUGUCAAUAGCAUAUUUAAUAAAAAAAAACAAUAACCUUUAGGAAUAAUGAAAAAAUCAAAAUUCUAUUUGGUCAGACACUUUCAAUAAUUAAUUUUUAACUUGUUAAUUUAUUUACAUUAUUCUAGGUUGGGAAAUAGGAUCGAAAUUGUAGUGAAAAAAAAUCAAUUUUGAGUUUGUUCUAUAAAACAAAAUUUAAGAACAUUUUUUUAUUUCUUCGCUCUGCGUGUUCAUAAAAAAAUUUCAAAUAAACAAGAUUUACUUUUUGAAGCAGAUAAUACAUUGAUCUGUGAUCAUUUUGUAACAUAAAAGCAAUUAUAUUUCAAGAUUAUAAUGAAAAAAUCAGUUGGUGGGAAAUUAACUUUAUAUACAAAUGAGAUAAAAGGAUACGCAGGAUUUUAUACAAAUUGGCAAAUUUUUAUUAAUUGCGGAGAGAUAAUUUCUCAAAAAAAAAAUUCAAAAAAUCUGGGAUUGAUUCUGUCAAAUAUUUUUUCUUGCAACAUGAAAGGUGUUGUAAGUUUUUGAUAUUUGUUUUUAUUUAUUAAUUUUUUUUAUUGUUUACUAAAAAUAGAAAAAUAUAAGAUCUAUUAUUCUAGGAAUCUUUUAAAAGGUUUUAAAAGGCUCUGGAAGUCUUUUUCCUUUUAGAAAAACAAGUAAAAUCUUUAAUAUUUUUCACAGAAUAUCAAAAAUUUUAAAAUUGUCGAAUCGAAAGAAAAGAAUAAGUGGAUAAAAGAUUUUUGACAGAAUCGACCCCUAUAGUGGAAAAAUAUGAAAUUCAAUAAUCCAUUUUAUAAUUUUCAUGAUAAAAAUUGUAUUUUUUUUGUUUGCAGAUUUUUGUUUUUAUUUUUUCAAUUUCUAUUAUAAAAAAUCGAAAGAUUAAAAAAAAAUCAUUUUACUUCAUAAAGUUUAUUAUUAUUAUUUUAAUUUUUAGGAUUCUAAAUUAGUUUUAAUGUUACCUUCGUAAUAUUUAUCGGUAAAUCUAUACAAAAAUAGAAACCUAAAAAAGAAAAACAAAACCUAAAAAAAAGUUUAAAGAAAUAUUUCAAUUUCUAACCAAAAAAUAGGUUUGAAAAUAUUUCCUUUCUUACAAAUUUACAAAAAAAAAACAUUUUUAACCUCAAAUAUUUUUUAAAAAAUAAUUUGUGAGACUCACAAGUAUUUUAUUUCGCAAGCAUAUAGCCCAAAAUAUGACCUAAAUUUUCAAGAAAGAAAAUUGAAUUUUUAGCAGAAAAAAAAGUGAGCUCAUCCAUUUAAUGGAAUUUUGCAUAGCACAACCACUGUCUUGUUGAAUGAAUCUUAAAUUGCGUAUAUAGCAGGGAGAAAAUUAUGAGAAAAAAAUGAGAAAAUUGAGAAAGACGUUAUAGUAUAGAGGAAAAAAAGUAAGAUUGUAUUGUAAGUAUAAAUUUAAAUCGUGCCAGACAAUAUUUUCAAUCAGUUGAGGGGUGUUGGAAAAGAUUAUAUCAGUAUACUUUGUUAUAUAAAUGAAAAUAUAUAAAAUAAUAUAAAUAAUCAGAUGAAAAAAAAUUUAUAGAUUUUUGUGACGAAAAUAUAAAAAGCGUGUUGAUUUUUGAGUGUGAUUCGCAAAAAUUAAAAUUUAAAAAAAAACAUUUUGUUGGGAAGUGAAUGCAAAAAAAAAUAAACAUUUAAAAGAAGUUCAGAAAAGGCGGGAUUUUUUGACGUUUCGAUCAUGAAAAGGGUUUCAUCAGGCCAGAAAGUUUUGAGGAAAAUUGAAUUGUACUCCAUCUCCCUUCUCUCCGUUCGAUCAGAAUCAAAUUUUGUGACUUUUUGGUACCUGAAGAAAGUCUUUCUAUGUAUCGAAACGUCAACUAAAAAUAAUCUCGUUGUUUUCUGGCUCGUAUUUUAUUUUUGCUCGACUAGUGAUUAAGUAAUAAGUAUACAAUAACUAAAAAAAAUCAACAGUGAGUCAACAACAUGUUCAAACGACGAAUAUGGUUAUUUAUGAAAAAGUAUCGGUAUUAUAUGAAAUAUUUUCAAUUUAAUUAAUUUAUGCAAUUUGUUUUAAAGUUUAAUGAAAUUCAAAAAAUGCCUGAGAGGAAACACAAUUAAUAUAUUAAACGUACCACUAUAUCGCAAUGUAUUAUAUGAUAUUGUUAUAGAUGAACCACGUUAUAUAAAUGGCUAUUUAUAUAUUUAAAAACAUAUAUUACGAAGAUGUUUUUUAUUUAAAAUUAUAUUUAACAAAAAAAAAGAAAAGAGAAGAAAAAUUAUUAAAGCAGUAGUGUGUGAGUUAUUGUGUUAAAAAAAAGAAAAGUUAUUGCAAUGUGUGAGAGUUUUCCAUGAUUUUUUUCUUUGCUUUUAUAAAUGAAUUAUACAUACAUAAUCAUACCACAUGUUCGCAUCAUAAAAUAAAGUUUAGAACAACAAAAAAUCAACAAAAA